UUACGAUGACGUUACCGUGUGUUCGACCAGAAGAACAAUGGCGGAACCACCAAGCGCUUUCCAUGAAUUCGAAUAUGACACUUCUUUCCCCAAAAGAUUUCGAUAUAGCCGAGCCUUUGACGAAAAAAUAGUCGACAAGAAUGAAGAAAAAAAUGAAACAAAGAAAGAUACCAGUCCAAGCCCAUUCAAUAUGACUCCAAGGAACUUUCCAAAAAAGAGGAACCAUUACAUCAGGUCAUCAAUAGCCUCUUAUAACAGAACCAGAGGUAGCUCACUUGGUGGUAACAAAGCUCUAGAACUUGUACGAGCAGCUCUACAGCCUUCUUUAAAUGCAGAAAUUGAACAAGUAUUAAAAAGUUACCAUGAGAUGUUCAAGAUGGCUGCAGUUAAUGCAAGAGAGAAUACUGGUGAGACCAUUACUGAAGAGCAAAUAAAUGCUGUCAUUAGAAAGAGCUUAGAUGAGGCCAAGCUGAUGUAUCGUGUCACAGAUACAAGGGGUUCUGUAGAAAAAGUGAAGUAUGAAAGAGUCGAAAGGGGAAACAGCCCAUCUAGAACAGUUGUAAGAAAAAAACGACCUCGACUGGAUGUUGACAGAGAAAGGAGUACUGUUGCAUCAAGAGCUGCUGAUUCAAAGACCAUUGCUGCAUAUGAUUGGGAUCCAGAAGGUAUCAAUGAAGAAACAGAGUUUGUUAUGGGAGUCAAAGCAAACAAAGCCCUUGGUUUUGCUGCUACAAGAGGGAAGUUAUACUAUAGGCACCCAAAUUUAUUCAAGUAUUCAGGUGAUUCUGAUGACAAGCAGUGGCUGUAUGAGCAUAGUCAGCUGCCAAUAACUGGUGGAAAGGCAUUUUUGAUGAUUGCCAGUGAGGUUAGGAAUCUGGUGCAGACUCACACUGAAUACAGAGAGAAUGAGAAUAUCAAGAUUGAUGACCUGAAAGGAUUCAAGGUACCACUAUCAAUGAUUGAAAAGAUGAAGGCAUAUAUGAGAAAAGCAAAACGUGAAGCUGUGAGGAAACGAGCUGAACAAACCAAAGCAUUCCCAAAGCCAGAACCAAAGAUUGAAAUAAAGAAAGAACCAGAAGAGAGUAAAGAAAGUAAUGUACUGGAAUCAAAGCCACAGGAACAACCAGCAAAAAAUGAGGAAACACCUAAAACUGUCUCAGAAACUCAAACAAGUGUGAGCCAGACUUAAAUAUUUUUCCCUUGUAAAGUAAAUUUAUCGAUUUCGACUUGUAAAUUACAUAUAUAGAGGCUUUGCACUGUCACGUGAUGGCAGCCAUGACAGGAGGCAAAAGGGUAGCUUUCCCUUGGGAAACUUAAUUCUUUUUCAUGUAAAUCAGAUUAGACCGCAUCCAAUUAUUGUUCCUGCCUCCUGUCAUCGCUGCCAUCACGUGAUGGUGCAAAGCCUCUAUAGGCAUGACUAAAGUGCUCGCACUUGAUCUGUGAAACAUUAUGUAGUACUAAGUACUUAUUUUUCACAUAGUACGAAAUAGUGCAAUCUCUAAUCGUCUCACUAUUGUUAUUUAGUACAAAUUAAUGCUAAUUGAGUACUACUGUUUUACAGAAAGUGGUUGCCCUCUAUGAGAAUAACAAACAUUAGACAAUAUCAUAUAUCUAGUAAUAAUCAAUUUAACUACUACUUUCCAUAUAUCAGCUCGUUAGCUAGUCAAACACACAAGCAUUCAAACGGGGCUGCAAGUUUCGAAUUAAAUAACCCUUGAAAGCUCAAUUGAAUGUUGCGUUUUUGUCCUGUGGACCAUUGCAUGGAAAGAGGUAAAUCUGAAACAUGGAUGGAGCCAAGAUUUUCGCUAGGGAAAUCAAACCAAUAGCUAAAGUAAUGCAUGCGAAAAAUACUUUUAUUUUAUACUUUUAUAAAUUCCUGUAUUUCAAAGUUCAUCUUUUUCAAUAUUUCUGAACAUGCGCAAUGAAAAAAAAACAUGUAUUUCUAGCAUGUGCUAGUUCAUGCAAUCAUGUGUAAGGGCCAGCACAAUACAAACUUGUCUAUAUCU